UCAUAUAUAAAUGAAGCUGCUCUUAGACUCCAUCCUCUUCUGUACGUGCUCUCCCUCCUCUGCGCUUAUCAUGGCAGGUGAAAUAGUUUAUGCUGAUUUAAACAUUUUGGGAGCCUCUUCCAACCCAUUGCAUCCACCUCGGCACCUCAAUCACCCUCAGUGUCCCCGCUGGUAUCGGCUUGCCGCAGGCCUUGGAGCAGCUGGGGUCCUCAUCCUGGUGGGAGCUGUGAUAGCGAUGGGCGUUUGGGUCUUUCAGCUCAAAGGAUCUCUGAAUUCACGGGAGAACAACAGUACCCGGGAGAGAAUCAUCCAUCAAUGCAACUGCAGCACUGGCCUAAAAGAUUUCCAUUUCCACUUGAAACAAUUUGUGUGUGAAUCAUCUCACAACAACUCAGCAGAAGGAUCAGGGUGUAAGCUCUGCCCCCCAAACUGGCUGCUGCACAGGGACAAGUGCUACUGGGUGUCAAAAGAAAAAAAUCCCUGGAACAAGAGCCGCGAUGACUGUUCAAGGAGGAGCUCUCGGCUGCUGGUGAUCCGGGACCAGGAUGAGAUGACUUUCAUUCAAAAUACUUCCAAAGAUGCAAACCAGAUCUGGCUUGGACUCACUGUUACACCCCCUGCAAGGAAUUGGACUUGGGUGGACGGCUCCCUGUUCAAUCAAACACUGUUCAAGGUAGUGGAUCCUGCUAAAGGGAACAGCUGCGGGAUGAUAAAAGCAGAUGGGAUUAAUUUUGAAGCCUGCAGUGCUCCAUCUAAAUGGAUUUGUGAAAAAGAUGCUCUCCAGCUAUAAACAGACACAUUAAUUAUCUAUGUGUGAACGAGAAAUCUUUAGUUUCAGUCUGUCCCAUGAACGAUGAAUAUUGAAGGUGAACUUCAAAGGGAAAAAUUGGGCUUGUGCCCUUCCCUGCUUUUAUAAUGAGGAUGAAGAGGACACAAAAGUCUUUUAUUGCAUUUGAAAUUCAGGUCCUGUCUGGGCUGAAAGAUUAUGGUGAUGGGAGAACUAGUGAAAUGACAUCACAAGUAGAGCUGGGGGAAAUUUUCCACUGAAUAGUUUAUUUGCAAAAAAAUGCAAUUUUGAGUCAAGGUAGACUAUUCACAAACGGAUAUUGAAUUCACUGAGUAGUUUCAGCCAAAAUAAAAUAAUAAUAAAAUUCAGGCUAGGGUCACAGAGGACUGGAGGAGGAGACAGCAGCUAACCAGAGCCAAGUGGUUAGUGCACCAGGUUUGAAUCCCAGCUCUGGAACAGUGUGAAGCAAGCUUACACAGUUCAGACACCUUCCAGAAUCUAAUGCGGCAGAGAAGGCACAGAACUCAAGUAGCAACUAUCUACCCUCUGAAAUUUGGAAUAAUUACCAGUUGUUUAAUGAGCAGCCUGGACAUUCUAGCACUACACAUUUUUGCACUGCAGUUUCUAAAAAAAGACAUGUAGGAAAGUCAGUGCCUUGAAGAAAUCUAUCCCUGAAGUGCAGUCUGCAGCUGUGAAAAUUGGCACUCAGUGACCAGGCGCAGCACAAAAGUUAAAAUAAAAUAAAGGCAUGUCAAGCUCUCUCUAGGACCACAUUUUCACAAAAGGAGGCUCCCAGGCCCAGAUUCAGAGGCUGGGUUUGCAUGAAGACACCCACACUCUGUAUCUCACAGGUGUGACAUUCUGUAUCUUGGGGGAACACCCUGCACCCCCAUGCUCAUCCUUAUGAUUGUGUGGUAACCAAUGCAAAGUUUGUCAUGUCAGGUGUCUUCAGAAGGUUCUUGAUGCAUUGAGCAUUGUUGUUAUAGGGAUGUUAUAGGUUGUAAUUUCAUGUAUAUAGUCAUGAGGCUAAA